UCUACACUGAGGGAAAAAUCCCGUUGCGAAAUCAAGCACGUAUGUUGUCAUUUUCGCAACGACCCGUUGUUAUAUUUUUCAACAACGGCUGUUGGUGAAUUGUGCACGAACGUGCUCAAAUUGACACCGAGACGUGGUCAACUUUCGGUACCAACAACAGCCGUGCUUAAUUUGUCCAUUUGUAAUAUUGGUAAUUGCAGCCGAUUACACACGAGUAAAAAAUGACAACGGUGGUGCAUGAUUCACACACGGUCGUUGUCAAUAUGACACCGGUCGUGUAUGAAUUAUGCACCACCACCUGCAUAAUGAUGCACCACCGUUGUUACUUUGUACACCGACGUGCAUGAAUCGUACACGAUCGUUGCCAUUUUAGCAACUACCGUGUAUGAAUCAUGCACCACCGUUGUCAUUUUUUUUACUCGUGUGCAAUCGGCUGCAUAUUUACCAUUUUUUCCGUGUUAUUGAAAGAGAAAGGACGCAUUGUGCAAAAAAUUUAUUGAAAAUGAAUAAUAAUUCGCAAGAUCCUCAAAAUAUCAUUGGUGAGUUGUUAGAAAUCGAUGGCAAUAUUGUUGUGGUUCGCGAUACAAACCAUUGCAGCAGUCAAGAUGCGGAAAACAAUGAGGACGAUUAUAUGUUAAGGGAGUUCUUAAAAGGAAUAAAUAUGGAGUCGCUUUUUGAACAAUUAAAAGCAUCACAUGUAACAUUUCGCAGCUUGCAGUACUUGAAAAAAGAAGAUUUAAAGGAAGCAGUGCCACCAUUGGGACUGCGUGUUGAAUUCAGAGAAAAGCUCUUUGCUUGGAAAAAACGAAAGCUCGGGAUUGAUGACGAAACUAUGUCAGUUCCAUCUAAAAUAGGUGAAUGGUGGAAACGCAACGAGACACCUGCAAGUACUCCUGGUACUCCCGACACUACAGGUUCGAACUGCUCAAAAGCCAAAGGAAUUUUGUCAGAGGAUCUAACGGAAUUGUUAACACAUACCUCGAAGGGGAAACUAGCGCUUGAAUGUAGUAGCGUUAAUAAGAAAUUAAGUGACGAGCAAAGAGAUGAUAUAAUUAAUAUAAUUAUUGAAGAUAUUUUAACCAACAAUGUUACUCUUUACACUCAAGACUAUAUGCGCAUAUUGGAUGAAAUUUGUUCCGUUUUUCCUCUUGAAAACGAAAUGAGGGAUUAUUAUUACAUUUCAAGAAAAGGAAAGAACAACGCAAGCGGAAAACUUUAUGCCAAGUAUAGAAACAAGAAGUCCAAAAGAAUAAAGCUUUUGAUUUCCGAGCCUAGCACAAGCAAAGCAGCAACUCACACAUCUCCUAAUUUUUGUAACAAAGAUGUUCCCGAAAUUGAUGAAUCAGUUGAAAAUUCAUUGAAAGCUUCCUUACUAAGAGAAUGUAAUGAUUGGGGAUCGAUCUGCGAAAAAUGGAAAAGAUCUUUUAACAUACGGCAAAGAGAUAUAAAAAAUUUAAGUAGCCAUACAUUUCUCCUUGAAUGGACGAAGUUGUCCGAUCUUUCGCCGUUGAGCCCCAGACAACUUUUUCGUUUUGGUUGUGAACUUCGCCAAGCUGUCGCUCACUUCCUCUAUCGUUUUGUGAGUCUCCUUCUUUGUUGCGAUUUGCAAAACGGUGCUGCUGCUGUAACAUUGGGAGUCUGA